AUGAGGUCCAUCCCUUUUCCAGAAAAGCUGAAAGUGCUCUUUAAUUACAGGUUUCCUCUCACAAGACCUGAUCUUUGCAAGAAGUGGGAAGCUGCCGUUAGAAGGAAAAACUUCAAGCCAACCAAGUACAGCAGCAUCUGUUCAGAACACUUUACUCCUGAUUGCUUCAAAAGGGAAUGCAAUAACAAGCUGCUGAAAGAAAAUGCUGUGCCCACAAUAUUUUGUUACACUGAACCCAGUGAAAAGUCUGAAGAAUGUGAAGAGCCAGAAGAGCCACUACCACCUCCUCCGCUGCCGCCACCACCACCGCCUCCACCGCCGCCGCCGCCGCCAGCAGCUUCGGUACUGCCACCAGCUCCAUCAACGCCUCCUUUCCAUUUGUCUCAAGUAGAUGCCAGAUUUGUAGAUCCGAGUAUUGGAUUACUGAUGCCUCCUCUCCAGACCCCUAGUAACCUUGCUGUUUUUUGUGAUCAUAACUAUACUGUAGAGGAUUCAGUUCAUCAGCGGAAAAGAAUUCAGCAGCUGGAGGAGCAAGUCGAAAAACUGCGGAAGAAGCUCAAGACUGCACAGCAGCGAUGCCGACGUCAGGAAAGACAAAUUGAAAAACUGAGAGAGAUUGUUCAGUUGCAGAAAGAUAAAGACACAGUGACAGGAAAAGGCUAUGUGAUUCUGCCUAAUGACUAUUUUGAAGUUGUAGAAGUACCUGCCUAG